ACAUGGCACCAGAUUGCCGUUCUUGAGGGUCAUGAAAGGCUUGUCUACUCCCUCACUUAUUUCCGAACGACCGCCUCCUUGCGAGUGCAUCAUGGGAUAACACAGCGCGUCUCUGGAAUCUCGACACCAACCUCCAAGUUGGACCACCUCUUCAACACGAAGAGAAGGUCGAGUGUGCAACCUUGUCCGCUGAUGGAAAGCUGCUAUGCACAGCUGGUUCGGAUGAGAACGCGUACGUGUGGGACAUUCAAGCCAUCUUCAAAACAGCUGGCCUUGAAAACCUCCUGACCAUACCUAAUGCACAACAAUCCGAACUCAAAAAGAAGUCGUUAUCAGGUGCUAAUGCUACACGACGUCCGCCCAUCCAUCCAGUCCCCCGUCGAUUGCCAGCAGGCUUUUUUCGAUGACGUGCAAGGCCGUAAUCCUUCCUCCACUACCCGCCAUCUCCAUUCUGAUCCCUCUCUACAUCGCCGCCGCCGCACUUUUACACUAUCCUGGGGAUCGCGUCCAUGUGCGCUCCUCGCUCGCCUACCCCAAUUCUUCCGCCGUUCCCAACCCAAUGCCGAUGAACCGAUCGAACUUCAGCAACGCCCAGGACCUAGCACUUCCUCUCAUCGCAGUCCUCCUGUCGUUGAAGUUCCUGCACUCGAUGACAAGAAGGCACUGUAUGUUGCUCCGCCGCGGGAACGAGCUAGCGACAAGGCUAAACACAUCAAGAACCUAAAGUGGUGGGCCCGUGUUGUGUUAUUUAUCUGCUGCGUGUCUCCGUCUACCGAUGACGGUCACUGAUGGCGUUAGAAUAUGCACCAUCACAUUCAUUUUGAUAUCCUCCUUUUGUAAUGUCUCAGUAUUUUCCGCCAACUUGACUAACAAUCAUUGACGCCUCG